AUGCACAUCGUACUGGACAGGAAGGCAUGUGUUGCUAUAGAUAAAGGGAUCUCCGGCAAGUUUGAGCAGAUAUCUGUGCGGGUAAAGGACUCAGGGCUUUACAUACAGGCAGUGGACAAGUCUCGAAGCAUGGUUGUGGACCAUUACAUAGACACAAUGCUGCUGGAGUCCUGCAGCGGAGAAAGUGAAGGCAUAACCAUUCCAUACACGAAGUUUCUUCUGGCGGGGAUGGACAGGCUGUCUUUCAGUAAGACGGGAAGUCUCCUAAAGCUUGUUUGGACAGGAAGCGGCAUUUUGCUCGAAAAGAACGUGUAUAUACUGGACUUUGUGUGGUCUGAGAUAGAGUACAGCCUCGGAUCUGUUCUAUUUUCUCUGCAGUACACAGCGCUUUCUCUGAUCAGGCGGGUGUGCGGAAACGAGCUUGAAAUAUGCGUAGAAAAAACAAAGGUAGAGAUCCGUGCCCUGUCAGAAAACCACAUAGUCCUGACAAGCAGUCUCGAGGCUCCUGUCGCAUGCAAAUGCUCCUUUACACUCCUGAAGUACCACCUAGAUAGGCUGCCCAAAUACACAUACACAGCAGCAACCUUUAAUAUAGACAAACAAGGACUUGUCAUCCUAUCCCUAGAGGCGCUGGGGGUUAUAACAACCAUAACAAUAGCAACUGAGGUUCUUUUUUUUGAGUAG